AUGCCUCUCCUACUCUCCUUUCAUGAGCUUCCCUUCCCCUUCACACAAACUUCCAAGACAUCUGGAAUGGCUGAUCACUUGAACAUCGACAAGUCAACGAUAGAGAGACUCUACCAUCUCCGACAAGAAGAUGCGGCUCGUUCGCUGGUAACUAGAAUGUACAUGGCCAUGGAGUGUCAUGGAAAUGCCUCCAAGAGCUGGGACAUGGAGCCGGUGGAGCCUGAGCAGAACAUGGCUCCUCUUGAUAUGGCGUGGGUACAGUGGUACUUACAGAUAGACGAGUUCGGGCCUGUGACAGCAGAGAGGAAUGACUUCCAGAAGUACUUUAUCAACUUGCAACCAAUGCAGACUGUAGAGUAG